AUGUCCAAAAGCAAAUACACAGAACCAGAUCAAAAUAUAGUGGUUGCCUUGGCUAAAGGUGUCUUUGAGCUUCCGUCAACUUUUAUCAAAAUCAAUAAAGACCCAGCAUAUUCAAGACAUACACUAUAUGCCAAAUGGGAGAUAACAUUAUUGAAAACUUUCAUCAAGAACCUACACUAUAAGCAGUUGCUAUUUUUCUCACCAAACAAAUCAAUAAAAUCUCAACUCAAAUCCACAAAAUCGAAACAUGGUUCAGGUCUAAACAAUUAUGGAAAAGAACUUGAAGGAUUUCCAAAUGCAGUUUGGCUUGCUGAAAAACCUGGUAGGGAACCAGAAGAUCCUGUUAUAAUUUUUUAUCAUGGUGGUGGUUACCUAUUCCAAUUUAGAAGUGAUACCCAUCUGGUUUAUCUAGUGAAUUUGGCGAAGAAACUUCCAUCACACUCAAUACUAAUAGUUGAUUAUCCACUAUCAUCACAUCCAGCACCAUUAAAUUACAAUCUAGACCUUUGGUCAUAUUUAUUCAAAGAAGAAAAUUUACAGAAUGUUAUAACGAUGGGUGAUUCUGCUGGUGGUCAUUUAAUUUUAUCUUCGUUAGCUUCAUUAAAAUUAACAACUUCCUCCAUGCAACUCCCCAAAUUAUUCAAACAUGUGUUAAUCUCUCCAUGGAUAGAUCUUUCAUCAAUUGCACCUCCAGGGGAAAACCACGAUAUAUUGGAUCAUGAUAGAUCUUAUGGUUGGGGUGAAAUUUUCUCUCAUAAUAAUGAACCAAUAGAUGUUGCAAAUGCAGAUUAUGGAGGUUUGUUAGAUGAACAUAACACUUUAGUGACUGUGGGUGAAUUAGAAAUGCUACGUGCGGGUAUAGAGAUCUUUGCAAAUAGGUAUAAUUUACCUAUUCUUUUGGAAAGUCAAGGAGUUCAUGAUCAAAUUACAAUGGAGAAAUUUUUGGGAUAUAAAGAGGGUGAUAUUUUCGAUAGUAUUGUGGAUUUUUGUAAUUAAAUAAUGAUUAAUAAAUGAUGAAAUAAAACCAUGAAAGUUCAUGUUUAGCCAGACCCUUUCAUUUCUCUAUGGGUGCAGUAAUUGGUGAUAUUUACCCCCAGAAGACCUCUA